AUGGCAAGCUACAAACUCUACUAUUUCCCAAGUAAAGGCCUAGCAGAACCUAUUAGGUUGCUCUUUGCCUAUAAAGGCAUUCAAUAUGAAGAUAUUCGUUUUCUAGAGAUAAAUGGCCUGAAACCAAAACCCAAUAUGCCAUUUGGUCUAUGCCAGUUCUUGAGGAAGAUGGUAAAAAAACUAGGAGGUAGUGUUGUCAUUCUUCGAUAUCUUGCUGAAAAACCAGAAUUCAAUGUAGCUGAGUUGUUUAAAACAGUUUUUGAAAAAGAUGAAGAGAAAAAGAAAGAGUUGGAAAAGAAGUUUGCUGAAGAGGUAAUUCCAAAUACUUUGGCAAACUGA